AGAUGACCCGCCAUGUCUAUCUUCGAGUAUGACUGUCUACAUCGAUCCUUCUAUGCCGCCAAUUGUAGACUACGUAUUCACGUUGUUGGGAAACGAUAGCAUCUUGUCUGCCGAUCCGCCUACAAAUUCAACAUUCAGCGAGAAUACAACAGUAAAUGUUGACUAUUUUAGUGGUCACGACGGAAUAAACAUGAAUUGUACUUUUGAUAUAAUUAUAAUUGAACUUACACCACCUGAAUGUCCUGCGAAUAUCAUAGUAGAGAGUGACCCCGGAGUAUCAUCAGGUAAUGCAACAUGGGCAUCUGCCACUUCACAACACAGUGAUGACUACCCAAUCUUGUACUCUCCAGAGAAUGGCACUUCGUUCUCUCUCGGAGACCAUAUCGUCACUGCAUAUCUCACAGAUUACCCAAACAUCAACUGUUCAUUCACUGUAACUGUAGUUGAGGAUUUGACACCACCAACCUUUUCAGACAAUCUGACUGUUUUGCCGUUUAACAAUUCCGAAACACCAAAUUGGAUAUUAACUGCUAGUGACAACUCAGGAUUUGUAACUCUGACAUAUUCACCCAGCCUUGGGUCGUAUUUUCCUCUUGGCGAAACGACAGUGACUGUUACAGCCACCGAUAAUGCGAUGCUAACAUCUACGGAGACCUUUAUAGUCAAAGUUACUUCUGACGGCUCACCUGAAACAACGGAUUGUCCUGGGAAUCAGACACACAACGUCGCACCGUCUCAGGUACCUUAUGCAGCAACAUGGUCUAUACCUUCUGUGACAGGACAAGGAUCCAUUACAACUACAAGCGACUAUGAUCCUAAUCAUUUGUUCAACGAAGGCACCACCAAAGUCAUCUACAAGUCCAUAGAUGAUGCUGGCAGGAGCUCCAAAUGCUUUUUCACCAUUAGAAUCAUAAUCACCCCUGAUGGAUCACCACCAGAUAUUGUAUCUUGUCCUGAAGAUAUAAGUAAGACUGAGCCUGCUGGAACAGUAGAGGUUUCGGUAACUUGGGAUGAGCCCGUCUUCAACGAUGCCGUUAGUGGUACCGAACUCUUCAUCCAACAGUCUAAGCAAUCUGGAUCAAAAUUCCCUGUUGGUUCAACCGAGGUCUUCUAUUCUGCCAUGGAUGGCAACUUCAAUGCAGCGUACUGUAUGUUUAACGUGACUAUAAACUUGAUGAAAGACAAUGAUUCACCUAAUAUCACUGGUUGUCCUGACAACUUUACACAUUGGGUACCUGCUGGGGAGUCGAUGGCCACCGUUUCUUGGAUAGCCCCAAAUAUCACGGACAAUUCUAAUUUCACCGUUCAAGUUUCUCCUGAACCAGGAGAUUCAUUUACAGUUGGAACUGACACUGUCGUGUCCUACACUGCUACAGAUGUUAACAAUAAUGUUGCAUCUUGUAUCUUUACUGUAUCUGUCACAGAGGAUAGUGAGAAACCUGUGAUUCAAUGUCCGGAUAAUAUUACCAUUAUUGUGACUCCUGAUAUUACAAGUCAAGAUGUAACAUGGUCGAUUCCACUUGCAAAUGACAACUCUGGUGAUGUCACCGUAACCACAAGCCCACUAUCUGGCUCAACAUUUACUCCGUCGGUGUCAGCGCCUGUGACUGUCACGGCUGUUGACGCCUACGGAAAUAUUGAUACCUGUACCUUUCUUGUGAAAGUUCUUCAUGAUGUUAGUCCAGUCCUAACUUGUCCCGAUGUCACUGUGAACACCGACGAUGGUCUAAGGACAGCAACAGUCACGUGGCCAGAUGUAGUUAUUACCGAUGACUAUACAAAUGUUUCAGCGCUCAUGAUCACUAGAUCACACGGAACAAUGAUAACCAACAUGGCGUAUGCUGAUGACCCAGUAACCGUCACAAUAACAGCUGAAGAUGAACGUGGUAACAUAGGAACAUGUUCGUUCUUAGUUGAUGUUGUAGACGAUGAGAAACCAGUGUGGUCAUCGUGUCCCAGCAACAUGACAGUAAUGGCUAUUGUUGGAACAAACUUCCAGAAUGUGUCUUGGACACAGCCAACUGUCACCGAUAACUCGGGAAAUGAUCCAAUCAGGAGUAAUAAUCCGCGAUCUUCCCAGCUCUUCUCUGGGGGUACUUGGCCUUUGGUCUACACAGCUACCGAUGAUUCUGGCAAUGUUGGAACUUGCGAAUUCUUUGUCACUGUCACCGUUGACGAUGAUGUACCUGUAUUUUCCAAUUGUCCAUUGGCUGAUCUUCGAGUAAACUCUGAGCCAAACAGCAAUUCGGUCGUGGUUGACUGGGGUGAGAUCCUUGCUACAGACGACUCUGGAAACCCUACAAUAACAUCGAACUUUGCAAGGAAUCAACGUCUUGAAAUCGGUUCCUAUAAUAUUGAGUACCAAGCCAUAGAUAUCCAUGGCAAUAUAGGAUACUGUAGAUUCACCGUUCAGGUAGUUGAUGGUGAUGCCCCAGGAUUUAAUGGAUGUCCCGAUAAUAUUGAAGUAUUCAUAAUGGCCUCACAGCCUGAUGUCAUUGUUACAUGGGAAGAACCAACAUUUACGGACAACUCGAUUCAGGGUUCAGCAACAGCAACACGGUCACCCAGCAGCCCUGCUCCAGGAUCUCGACUGUCUGCUGGUAUCCAUCGAAUUGAAUAUAUAGCUAUGGAUGACGCGGGAAAUACCGCCUCAACCUGUUCAUUUACUGUUGAGGUCGUAGUAGAGACAGAUACCAUUGAACUGGAUGGAUCACUUCUCCUUGAUGUUGUACGUGGGAUUGAUGGACAGUUCAGCCUGACAACAACGCGACUAGAGUUCCUCAGAAAUGACCUUGAUGAUCUCUUCAGAAUCUCCUCCAGCUUAGCUCCACAAUUUGUUGGUAUUGAAAUCCAAGUAUCAACAUUUGACGUCUCGAAUAACUUACUGGCCCAAUUCCGUUUACAUCUCAAAAACCCGUCGUACUACAAUGAAGAAGAAGUAAAGCAAGCUUUUGAAUCAGCUCUCACUGGUGGAAGAGACUUCGCCACGACAAAUACAUAUGUACCAGGGUCGUUUGAUCUCAAUGUGAGAGAAUUUCGCGGCCAUAUUACCUUGUUUAGGAUUGUGUCAUCCUCUCCGAAUGAAGUGGAUUUCUUUACAUGCUGUAACAAUCCAUCAAGCUCUUCAUAUACUGAUUUGGAAGACAAAGUAAACCCGGGACUAUGGACAACCUUUUCCCGGUUGGUGAACUUCAAGAUGGUUAAAGCCUUACGGUUUAGAGCUGGAAGUGUCAUUGUACCUUACACAAUCACAUUGGGCACUCAGGGGGGUUCAACAGCAACCACUGCACAUGCCGAUACUUUCCUCGACAAUUCUGUUGAUGAAACUUCCCUGGAGUGGAUGCCAGGUGGACUGUCAUCAGGCCUGUUCCUCUCAGGCCUAUCAUCACCUGACCUCAUUCCUAUCACAGAGGUCUGCCCAUUAUCAUUUAUCUGUUCAAACGGAGGAACUUGUACUGUCUUAAAUUCGACUUUUGUUUACGAUCACGAAUGCAGCUGCCCCUCUGGGACAUCAGGAGAUACUUGUGAAAAUACACAAGUUGUUCUAAGCAGGGAAGUGAUCAUAGGAAUUGUUGCAGGGGUAGUUGCUUUCCUCAUUCUUCUCCUCUUCGUAUGCUGCUGCUGCUUCUUCAUCUUAUCUGGACCAAGAAAAUACGAGGAUCCCGAGUAUGGUCGUAAAGCAGCUCCACUAAUGCUCAUGCCAAGGGAUGACUUCAUUUAUCCUCCACCUCCAAUCAUGGAUCGUCCUGGUCCAAUAAUCACCGAAAUGGAAGAGGGCUAUGACGGACCACACUUCAUUCAUAAUGGGGAUGAUUACCGCCCUCCUCCGCCUUUUCCACUUGCCAUCGAACCUCCACCCCAGCUCCAAAUCCCUCGACCAGUCACACUCGGCCCACAAUUUCAGCACGACUAUCUACAUGUAGAGCCUUACGCACAACCUCGUCGAGAGACCUCUCGCAGGAAUCGCUUCCAAGAUAUGCUUCAAGAUCGUCUUCCACGUGGUCGGCGUAGCCGUAGAGAUCAUGAGGGACGCCAUCACCAGCGUGAUGAUAUGCCGGAAAGGGUGGAUGAUAUGAAGCAGAGGCUUUUUCGAGAAUUCAAUUACUAGACGAAAACCUAACAAGUGAUUCAGGAUGGAAGGCUAAUUGCUCUUACAUCAUUCUCUAAUUUUUGUCUUACCUGAACGAAGUUCGGCAGAGACCUAGUGAUCACUAUUCCUUGUUUAUCUGUGGGUCUGUUGGUUUUUUUUUUUUGUUUAAUGGAAAUUCAUUUAUUUUACAAUUAUUUUAUUAUCCAAGAGAUAUCACAAUCAACAGGUUUUAUUAUUGUACAUACAUGUUUUCAUCCCAGUUACAAAGGCUACGCACAUUUUUUUUUAUAAUGGAUUUAUAUCAAAAUGAAAUAUAUUGAUUCCUUAUUCUAUAUUUUGCAUUCUACUGUAAUCUCUUCUAAUAUACCCUUAUGUAAUAAAUUUACUCUCUAUACAUUGGAUAUUCACAUGUGUGUAUUUGGUGGUGGAAAAAAAUAUUUUAAGAAUUAUAUGAUGUAGGAAAUCAAACGCAUGUAAUGGGAAGUAUUAUAGUAGCAUUCUUUUAAGAGAAAUCUGUGUUUAAAGAGGCCUUGCAUUGUGUAUUUCAUAGUCCCCAUGAAAUAUUGCACUCAGGUCUAAUUACAUCAACUGGCCCAACAAUAUCUUGGGUUGUUUCUAAUGUAUUCUAAUGUAGUUGGUGGUUGGGAUUUAUAAUAUUACAGGUAUAAUGUGAAGUGAAGUUGUUAUUGUACAGUGUACUUUAUUAAUGCAUAUAUCAUAUGGCACAAAUCAAAGCAAAAAAAAAAAAUUUGAGAGGGUAAUGAUGAAAGGGUAAAUCGCUGUCAUAAACCUUUAUUUUGCAACAAAAUGUCUUUAGCAACCAAUGUGAAUGGUGAAGAGUAAUUGCUAGAAAGAGGGGAAACAAAUACUCCAAUAGACAUUUUUAGGAGUUGUGUUCAAGCAUAAUGAUUUAAUUUAGGCUAUGAUUUCUUGAACAACAGCAAUGAACUUAAGUUACAUAUUUUCAAUUUAUAUAUCAAGAUUAUCAAAGGAAAACUUGAGAUACUUCAUAAAACAUUCAAAUUGGAAUUCCAUUCAAGGGCUUUUGCCUGAACGAAGUUCGGCAGAGACCUAAUUGAUCACUUUUCCUGAUAAUCUGUGGGUCUUUUUUUUUCUGUUUAAUGGAAAUUCAUUUAUUUUACAUUUAUUUUAUUAUCCAAGUGAUAUCACUAUCAAAAGGUUUUAUUAUUGUACAUGUGUUUUCAUCCCAGUUAGAUAGGCUAAGUACAUUUUUUUAUAAUGGAUUUAUAUCAAAAUGAAAUAUAUUGAUUCCCUAUUCUAUAUUUUGCAUUCUACUGUAAUCUCUUCUAAUAUACCCUUAUGUAAUAAAUUUACUCUGUAUACAUUGGAUAUUACACGUAUUUGGUGGUGGAAAAAAUAUUUUAAGAAUUAUAUGAUGUAGGAAAUCAAACGCGUGUAAUGGGAUGUGUUAUAGUAGCAUUCUUUUAAGAGAAAUCUGUGUUUAAAGAGGCCUUGCAUUGUGUAUUUCAUAGAGUCCCCAUGAAAUAUUGCACACGGGUCUAAUUACAUCAACUGGCCCAACAAUUUCUUGGGUUGUUUCUAAUGUAUUCUAAUGUAGUUGGUGGUUGGGAUUUAUAAUAUUACAGGUAUAAUGUGAAGUGAAGUUGUAAUUGUACUUUAUUAAUGCAUCUAUCAUAUGGCACAAAUUAAAGCCAAAAAAAGUAUUUUUAGGGGGUAAUGAUGAAAGGGUAAAUCGCUGUCAUAAACCUUUAUUUUUCAACGAAAUGUCUUUAGCAACCAAUGUGAAUGGUGAAGAGGAAUUGCUAGGAACAGGGAAACAAAUACUCCAAUAGACAUUUUUAGGAGUUGGGUUCAAGCAUAAUGAUUUAAUUUAGGCUAUGAUUUCUUGAACAACAGCAAUGAACUUAAGUUACAUAUUUUCAAUUUAUAUAUAUUAUCAAAGGAAAACUUGAGAUACUUCAUAAAACAUUCAAAUUGGAAUUCCAUUCACUGUAGGUAUAGAUCAAGGGCUUUUGAAGAGAGAAAGCAUGUGUGUGAAUGACAUCUUUUUCUCCCCCUAAUCAUCAAUUCUGAUGGAAGCACAUAAAAUAACAGGUAUAAUAUGAUAUACUUGCUCACUUGUGCAAACAAAUGAAUAUUUUCUUAAGUCCAUUUGUAUUUUCUACUUAAACGUUGACUUCCUAAGUCAAUAAACACACUUUUGGAUACACUUA